GUUCUUGGAAAAAAAGUUAUCUCAAAGAUGGCCCUAUGCAAUGAAAAAAUAUAAAAGUCUUAAGGAAACAAAGCAUGGAAAAAACAUAAACUUUGUUACAAAAGGCAUAAAUUCUGUGAUACAAUUGCGAAAUAAUUUGUCUCUAAUUUUUUUUAUAAUUAUUAUUAUUAUUACAAUAUAAGAUCAAAUCAAAAUUACUUUGACUUAAUUGCUAAUGUAUUAACAUUCGAAAAUGUAAUGAAAUUCAUCGGUAAUAUCGAUGAAUAUAUAAAUCAAAUUAUUCCUAAACGUACACAUGAGCCUACAGAUGUGCUGAAAUAUAUGUUUUAUAUUGAGGAGAUUAAAUGCUUGUUUACACAAUCUCCACGAGGAAUUGAUUGCAAAUCAAUCGAAAGAUAUUGCAAUAUUAAAAUGUCUCACUAUGAAAAACUAUCUUCGAUACGAAAUGAGUUGGACAGAUAUAUAAAGAAACCUGAAAAAGGACAGCUUUUGGAAGAAAUUUGUACUUUCAUAGCACAACGUAUUCAACCUCGAAAAGAUGUAUGUUACACGAAUGUAAGUGCAUCAUUGGAUACAAUCGCACAAGAGGUACGGAAUCGUCUCAGAGAGAAGCAUCCGAACCAUUCGAUAUUCUCUACGUCAGAAGAAACUUUUUACGAUUGGAAAACCAACAAUAUCGAAGAUAAUCAAUGGGAUGAAACAGAAAGUACGCAGAUUAUGGAUACACUCCAGGAAUAUAUAUUUGGCACCUUGAAUUUUCGACAAUGUAUCUCCCCAUUUUCACCCGAUGAUAUCAAAUGGAUUUGUAUAGAUUAUAUUUUACAAAGUAAAUUUGGUAGAGAUAUCAUUGUAUAUACAAUAUUUCAUAGCGUGGCUAGAAGACUUGGUCUACGUUGCGAUGUACUAGAUAUUGAAAAUGAAUUCUAUAUGUUUUGGAAAUCAGAAUUCGUCACGGAUAAUUUAGAAAAUGCACGAAAUUUUUACAUAACAAACGAGGAUUACCCGAAUUGUCUUACUGAUAAUCAAUCAAAUAAUUGGAGACCAGUCUUAACAAUUAAAAAGAUGUUGGAGUUCACAACAAAUAUAGUUGACGAAUUUAUAAGGGAACAAUUAUAUAUAAUAAGAAAAUUGCUUUUAUAUAGAGAUAAUUAAAUAGAGCAUUAUAUAGGAUCUUCUGAUAUGAUUAAAAUGUAUUGUAUGUUUUGUAAUCAUAUUAUGAUGAUAGGGUAUUAUGAGUGCAAGUUAUAUAUACAUAUAAUGCAAAAUGUGAGUAAUUAUAUUAAUUUGAGCAUAUUUAUAUAUACUCAUAAUGACGUAUUUUGCAAACAGUUUCAAGAUAUCAUAAUAUGUCCGUGUUUUGAGUAGUAUAUGAGCCUGCAUCUGUGUCUAUUUUUGUCAUCAUGUUUUGAGAAAUAUGAGUACAAUAUGAGUAAAGUACAUCCGCGCACUAACAAUCGCAUAUUAGUAUAUAAUAUAUAUACAAUUGUAAAAAUAUUGAACAU